AUGGCGCAAAUCACUCUGGACUCCACUGCUCUUGAUGAGCUGAAUAGUGUUGAAACCAGGACUCUCUUUGAUACCGCUCAUAAAUUGUCUUCCCUAGGCGUCGGAAGAAUCGUCGACUUACCUCAGAUCAUCGUCGUUGGAGACCAGUCUUCCGGAAAGUCGUCUGUCCCAGAAGCCAUCUCACAUGUUCACUUUCCAGUUCACCAGGGUGUCUGCACCCGAUUUGCGACUGAGCUGGUUCUCCGUCCAGGCAGUCGUCGAUGUGUGACUGCGAGUGUUCAGUUCGCAGACAGCACCAGGCCGGCCCAUUCAUUACAGGUUGCGGACUUCAAACAAGACGACGUUGACAAGAUCAGCAGUAGUGCAAAAGAUGAAAUGGAGCUCUCCGACACCGGCCACGGUUUCUCUAAGGACAUUCUGCGUCUAGAGAUCCAAGGCCCCGACAUGUACCCCCUGACGCUGGUCAACCUUCCGUGCAUUUUCCACACCGCGACAUCGAAACAAUCGCCUGAAGAUAUGGCGACCGUCAUGGAGCUGGUGGAAAGCUACAUGAAGAAACCAAAUAGCAUCAUUCUCUCGAUCACCUGGCGCCAACAAUCAGCUGGCUAA